AUGAAUAAGUUCACAAAUAUUUUUCUUAUAGUGUCAUUACUAUUGUCUAUUGUCAGUGCUACAGCCACCGAUGGUUCUACUGAGGAUGCAUCUGCAUCUAAAUCAUUUAUAAUGGCUAUCGUGAUGAUUGGCAUCUCUGAAAUCGGUGAUAAGACAUUCUUGAUCGCUGCUCUAAUGGCUAUGCGUUCAUCUAGAUGGGUUGUUUUUUCUGCUGCAGCUUCAUCAUUGGCUAUUAUGACUAUUCUAUCUGGUCUAGCUGGGCGUUCCUUUGUUGCUAUUAUCCCAGUUCACUUGACACAUUUUCUAGCGGGUGUCUUAUUCCUAGUCUUUGGUUACAAACUAUUCAAAGAAGGUUUAGCUAUGUCCAAAGAUGCUGGUGUUGAUGAAGAAAUGGCUGAAGUUGAAGAAGAGUUAGCAAGUAAAGAUAUCAACAAGAAAAUGGAAGAUGUCGAAGCUGGUGGAUCUCCUCAAGGCUCCGGUAACAAUUUAUUAGAAAAAUUACAAAACAAAUUAUACGAACUUUCAUCAUAUGUCUUUUCACCACUGUGGAUUCAAAUCUUUGUUAUGAAUUUCUUAGCUGAAUUUGGUGACCGUUCCCAAAUAAGCAUCAUAGCCAUGGCAUCUGAUAACAAUUAUUGGUUCACCAUAUUUGGAGGCUGCAUCGGUCAUUUUAUCUGUACUGCUUUAGCUGUAAUUGGUGGUAAAAUGUUAGCCACCAAAAUCAGUAUGAGAACUAUGACCUUAGGUGGCUCUAUCUCUUUCUUCGUUUUUGGCUUACUAUACAUUUACGAUGUUAGAUACAUGUCUGAAGAGCGUUAA